GUCCAUCGGCCACGCCAUCCGCCGUCAAGGGCGUUUCCAGUGCAGGGGAUUCGGCCGGUAGGGCCUGGGGCUGCCAGGAUCAGUUUGUCUACAGGGGAUUUGGAGAUUUUUUAGCUGUUCCCAAUUCACAAAGUGUGCCCUGUGAGCUCUUUGCCGCUUCCAUCAUCGCCGCUAGCUUUAAUCCUGCCUAAGCCUAAUGCUGUACCUAACCUCUCCAGGUCCCUCCCCACCUCCACUAUCUCCACCAGAAGUCACCACCGCUGCCACUACACUACCAUCCAUUGCCCGCCACCAAGAUUUCUCCUCUUCACUACUUUUGUCCACUACAGUAUUCCCCUCACGUUCUGACAUCUGAAUCCCUUCUCUGCAAGGCAACGUCGAUACCAGAAGCCAUCUAUUUGCGAUUCAACUCUUCCCCCGAGGCUUAUCAUCCCUCACUCCGCGCUUCGCCAGACCCUCAACUCCAGCUUGUGACAGAGCUUGCUUGACAAACAGCUAGCUGUCCUUGUCCUCGACUAACAUCGUCAUCCCCAACUUGACUCGACUACCCACCCAUAACGUCGCCCGUUCACACUUUAGCCCAAGAUGAUGUCCGGAGAAGCUUGGUUGUUCCUGUUGUCGGUGCUUAUCAACGCCGUCAACCUCUUCUUGCAGGUCUUCUUCACUAUCAUGUACAGUGACUUGGAAUGUGACUACAUCAACCCCAUUGACCUCUGCAACCGACUCAACACCUACAUUAUCCCCGAGGCUGCCGUACACGGUUUCUUGACCUUCCUCUUCCUUAUCAACGGAUACUGGGUGCCUCUUAUUCUCAACUUGCCUCUCCUUGGCUGGAACGUUAAGAAGAUCGUUGACAACACCCACCUCCUCGAUGCGACUGAGAUCUUCCGCAAGCUCAACGUCCACAAGAAGGAAUCUUUCUUCAAGCUGGGAUUCCACUUGAUCAUGUUCUUCUUCUACCUCUACAGCAUGAUUGUUGCUCUUAUCCGAGACGAGUCCUCCUAAGUGGUUACUCUCUUGACUGAGUCGUGAUCCGGUUAUUCCCGAUGUUAGGCAUUGCCUACGUCAGAUAGAAAAGAUCGCAAUGUUCAUCCAACUAGUCGAGCUCGGCUGACACCCAGGGCCGAGUCGAUUAGUCACGCGACGAGAAGAUAUGAAUCUGCCACGGCAGCACAUGACGAGUGGAAGAUGGUAUGGCAUAGAAUGACAGGUUUUAUAUAUUUUUUAUAAAGAGGCGGGCUUGGCGUAUAUAUCCUGGUACCAUGCCAGCUGGCGCUCUGGUUUAUCACUUGACGAAGGCGGUGCAUGACAUGUUCUGUUGGAGACUGAGGCAUCCCGAUUCGGUGGUCUCACCUGUCGCCCUUCAGCCAGUGAGAUAAUUGAUUAAUGACCGAAUAAAAUAGCCAGUUUUUAUGCUUUGGAACAGGUCUGAAUUAUACGUGCCAUUUUGCUUCGGAAGCAGUGAUGAAACUAGAGCAUUAAGUCUUAAGGUACCUGAGAAUUAAUGUAAAA